AUGAACUCCUAUUUCGAGCAGGGUGGUUUUUACGGGGCGCACGGAGUGCACCAGGGUGGUGGCGGUGGUGACCAGUAUCGUGGGUUCCCACUAGGCCUGACAUAUGCCCAACCACAUGCCCUACAUCAGCCCAGACCCCAGGACUCGCCGUAUGAUGCAUCUGUGGCAGCUGCCUGCAAACUAUACGCAGGCGAGCAACAAUAUGCAAAGGCAGACUGUUCCAAGCCAGGAGGAGAACAACAGAAUGGCUAUGGAGGCAAAGAGGCAUGGGGCUCAGGACUAGGUGCACUAGUAAGGCCAGCGGCCUGCACCCCAGAGGCACGGUACAGUGAGUCCUCCAGUCCAGGAAGAGCACUUCCCUGGGGCCAACAAUGCGCACUACCCGGCGCCGCCACUGCAACAGCACAGCCCGUACAACACCAGCCCACCAAUCACACCUUCUACCCUUGGAUGGCCAUAGCAGGUUAG